CAAAUGUGUCGAGGAGUCACGAGUGAGACACUGCGGGUUCGUAGACGAGUGGUAGCUGGCAAGUGUCCGAGGAGUGGUGAGAUGGAUUACCAACGGCGUUGGAGACAGAUUCCUUGAGUCGUGGUGGGCGCCGAAAUUUUGGAGACGGUGGCACAAAAACAUUAGGCAGAACAGACAGGAUCGCCAGCGGAACCGCACAGGAUCCACAGUUGCACCACCAGGCCGUUGUCACCGUGGCAUGUCGAGACUCACCAAAGAAGCCUCCCAGCGGCUCGCCAACCUCCUCUAUGCGUCCACGUCCACAGAGGUGGCCUCCAAGGUGCCCAUCGUCACCAAGCACCUCUAUGGUGACCUGAACACUCACAUCAAAUCGGCCCUCGAUGGGCUCAUGGAAAACGAGUGGAACCAGAUCCCAACGGAAGCUGCCUUGGACCUCGUCCCGGCAAACGCCCCCAAAUCAAACAUCCUCCAGCUCAAGUGCAACUGCUCGUUCUUGACCAGAAAUGACUUCCUCAACUUGUUUCCCAUCAACAGAGAAAGACGCUUCUUGCUCCCCCAGGAGCUCCGCGAAGGGCUCAAGUUCCAGGUGGUCAAGAAGAGAGACCCGUUGACGUUGACAUUCGAGAACGCCUACUACCUCAUCUUCCCCAACCACCUCCAAGCGUGUAUCUACUACAUGGAGACCCAGCACAAGGCCGUCAACGGCCUCGCGAUGGACUUCAAGUUUGAGGAAUUGUCCAGAAACAAGUUGAAGUACAUAAUGUCGCCCUUCUUGGGCCCAGACGGACUUAACUUGCUCCAAUCUAUGAAACAAUCAAACGCCUUGAACAAGCAUACCAUCCAAAACCCCUUCCAUGAAUUCCAGACCCCAUCCCAGCAUAUUUCCACCGAAAGUAUCCUCAAGUAUGCCCCCUUGAAAUCGGAAAUACUAUCGCAGCUACUCAAAUUGGAAGUCGAUCCCAAAAGUAAGGAUGUGAACCCCAACUACGAAUUGUUGACUCAAUUGACCGACGCUUCCACAAGAGCAAAUUCAGUGCUAGUACGAAACCUUCCGUUUGGGUUGUCGAAGCAUACCAUACCCAGGCUCUUGUGGGACUAUGACUUAGUUCGCAAAUCCCCCAUAACCACUAUUGUGAAUAAUCCUGUCAAGCAAACACAUAUUCAGUUGAUACGAUUUGAAAACAGUGCUAGCUCAGAAAGGUUUGUACGCAAUUUCCACGGUAAGAAAUGGGACACCAUGCAGCACCAUCAAGAUGAAAAGAAAUUUUAUGAACCAAUAUUAUGUGAAAUAGUCGACUAAAACCGUCCCAUGCAAAUUUGGAGUUCUGCCGUUCGAUCGAACAACCGGUAGCUGGUCUGGAUCUUCAGUAAAUUUAAUGCAUGUAUUAACUUGUAUAUACCUUUUCCUGUACAAUAAAAUAUAACUACAAUUCUGUCUGAGAUUGGAUUUCAAAUCAAUGUAGGAACGGACAAUGUGCUCACUGCUAUUGUCAGUCACUCAGACAAGCUGUCUAGAGUCUUCCAGCUGUAUCUCACCAACUCCCAUUCACUCUUUUC